AUGAGUACUACGCAAACAGCUGACGGACCUCCUGCGCGCAAGCAUCACGUGACAGGAGACCGUGCCCGCCAGUUCGUUCGAGAAGUCCUGCAGGGGAAUGGAGUGCCUGAAGAGAAUUCAAAGAUCAUAGCGGAUUGCCUGAUCCAAGCUGAUUUGCGCGGUGUUGACACGCAUGGCAUGAACCGUAUACCUUCUUACAUGGAACGCAUACGGCAAGGGGUCCUUGAUCCGGCCGUAGAGCCCGCGUUCCAUCAAAUUACACCCGUGGUUGGACAGGUCGACGGUCGAAAUGCGUUCGGCUUCCUGUGCGCGCAUCUGGGAAUGAAGCACGCGGUUGAGAUGGCAAAGACGUACGGUAUCGGUAUGGUCAGUGUCAAACACUCGAACCAUUUCGGCAUGUCUACUUGGAUUGUCCAGCAAGCAAUCGAUGCCGGGAUGAUGAGUUUGGUCUUCACAAACUCGAGUCCGGCGUUACCCGUCUGGGGAGGUAAGGAGAAGCUGAUGGGCGUGAGCCCAAUUGCCUGCGGUGCACCCGCGGGAAAGGCGCCGCCCUUCAUCCUCGACAUGGCCCCGAGUGUCGCCGCGAGAGGCAAAAUUUACAAAGCGAAGAGACGUGGUGAGAAAAUUCCACUCGAUUGGGCGUUGGACGGGGACGGCAAGCAAACUGAUGAUCCAGCUGCGGCCUUGGAGGGCGUUAUGCUUCCAAUGGGCGGGCCCAAGGGGUCAGGUCUAUCCAUCAUGAUGGACAUCUUUUCUGGCGUGCUGUCUGGCAGUGCGUUUGCGGGACAUGUGACAAACCCAUAUGAUUCAAGCAGACCCGCGGAUACAGGGCAUUUUCUCGUCGCCAUCAAACCAGACCUGUUCAUGAGUUCGGAUGAUUUCAAGGACCGCAUGGAUUACCUGUACCAGCGCGUAGUGGGCUCCGAGAAAAUGGUUGGCGUGGACAGGAUUUACUUUCCAGGAGAGAUUGAACAGAUCACGGCUGCUGAGAGGUUAGAGUCGGGUAUUCCGCUAGUGAAAGCAGAAGUCGAUGCACUGAAUGCCGAGGCUGAGAGAGUCGGAAACUCUCAUCUUGUACUCUCAGAUGACUAG